UGGGCAGAUCAUUGGUGACAAGGGAAACAGCUCUAACUCUAAGAACAGAAAGACUUACUUUGGCAAAGUGGGCAUUGUCAAUUCUCCGAUGGACUUGCGGAUUGAGGUGACCACAGAGAAGAUUACCCUGAAGAAUGGGGCUGCACAGAGUUCUUUCAGCUGGCUGGACACAGUCACGGUCACCUCAGAAGGGUUCUCUGUGAAGAUCAACAGGGAGGCUAUGGUGGUCUCCUUUGGAGAAGGGAUUACCUUUAAGGUGGUUCUGCACCAGGUGUGGAAGAAACAUCACAUCCACCUUCACUUUCUGGGCUUCUACGUGCUGGACAGUGACAAGAUGUCAACAAAGUCACACGGGCUGCUGGGACAAUUCUUCCGCCCCCUUGCCUUUCAAGUGUCUGACCUCAACCCAGGCAAUGACCCCUCCAAGAUACAUGCCAUAAUGCUGGUGAAGAAACAUCGGCUGGCAGUCACCAGGUGCGGGGACCCAUCUGACAUCCUCACCCUGCCCACUAACAAGCCAGGGGGAAAGAGCCCUCUGUGCCCACACACAUUGGUCCAGCAGGCUUUGUCUUCUGUAGGGUUCCCUCAUUUCCCUCUGGGGUCUUGGGCCCCUCGAGGCCCCUCCAAAUCAGGGAAAGGCCAAACUCAGCCCCCUAGAAGGAGUAACCAUGCAACCUCAUUCUUGGCCAGAGAAUUAUGGAAUUGGCAACGUCACACCCUUUUUCAACCUUGGUCCAUGAGC